CCACAUGAAAAUGUGACAUUUUGGCUGUACACAAACCAAACACAAUCAACACCUCUUAAAUUAGACCCCUUAAAUCUAUCACCCGAACUCUUUCAACCUGCCAAACCCCUAUAUAUAGUCAUUCAUGGCUAUACAGGAGAUCGCGAUUACUCGCCCAAUAGUUAUAUACGCCCAGCCCUUUUGGAAAGUCAAGAUGUUUAUGUGAUCUCAGUCGAUUAUGGUCCCUUAGUACCAUAUCCUUGUUAUUUUGCUGCUGUGGAAAAUUUACCUUUGGCAAGUAAAUGUUUGGGUCAACUCAUUAAUAAUAUGGUGGAGAGGAACAUAGUGGUGAAUGAUGAUAUACACAUGAUUGGUUUCAGUUUGGGCGCCCAGGUGGCAGGACAAACGGCCAAUUAUUUGAAUAGGCGUUUGAAAAGGAUAACAGGUUUGGACCCGGCCAAGCCCAUGUUCAUAACAGUGGGCUCAGAACGCAAAUUGGAUGCUACCGAUGCAGAGUUUGUUGAUGUUAUACACACAGAUGUCUUGGGACGUGGCAUGCUAAGAUCAAUGGGUCAUGUGGAUUUCUAUCCAAAUAUGGGUCCUUAUCAGCCCGGCUGUCGUACAGAUAACAUGGAUGAUCCUGGCAGCUGCAAUCAUGAUCGGGCCCCACAAUAUUAUGCCGAAUCUAUAAGAAAUCCCGAGGGUUUCUGGUCCUACGCCUGCCCCAGUUGGUUGCACAAUCUCUUUGGCUUAUGUAAUCCAUAUUCAAAUGAUGAAAUUAUGGGUCAUAGGGUAAAACGCAGCGCUUCUGGUUCCUACUUUCUACGCACCAAUGAAAAGCCCCCCUUUGCCAUGGGCAAACAGAUAGCACAAUCAACCAAAGGUCAUCAACCCCACGCCCUCUAUGAUUACAAUGAUCUCUACGAUGAAGGAUUUGAGCCACAAUUGAGAAAGGCUUUUGUGGAUUGGACAGAUUUCGAUUUUUUGGAAUUUCGCAAAAUGAGCCAUUUUGAUGAGAGGCAUUCCGAGGCUUUGGCUAAACACUGAAACAUGAAACGCAGAAGGGAAGACACCUAUGGAACUGAAAUGCGAUAAUGAAAUGUUAACCCACAUUGCUGUACGCAAAGUGUAAACCUUGUAUUAUUAGUAAU